UCACCAUGUCAUCCUCGGAUAUUAAAACAAGAAGAAACAAGAAUUCAUUUUGAUUAGAUGUGAAGCAAUCUUGCAGGUGAGUAUGAUUAGCUGUCUCUAUGUGCACUGUGGUUGGCGAGCGGCAAAAUGCACGGUUUGCUUUGUAACCAAAGUCAUGCUGAUAGUGUAACUUGGAACACUCGAGACCACAUUUGGAAAGUCUUAGUCACGUCUCGGCCUCGACUCCCAAACGUUUUGGUCUCGUCUCGGCCUCGGCGGGAUUUUCGAACCAGACGAGCACGGUAUAGGAGCGUUCGUCACUUGGUGUCUCGGUUGGCAGAAAGCCUGUGGAAGGAGUUACCGGGUUAUUCGCGCUAAUUUCCGUGAAUUCAUAAAUGGUAUUGUCCUGUUGCGUUAUGGGCUGUACAUACAGAUUGUCAACGAAGGAUUCUUCCAAGCUUUUACGGCAUCCCGAGGACACAUGAAACUCGUUGAUAGUUUACAUGCAGCCACAUGAUGUGACACAAACGGAACCAUACUGACCGACCAUGUUUGCUUUAAGCAUUUUAUAUACACACUCAAAGAAAUGCUGUUGGUUUAGCAUCGUUGGGUCAGCGGUUCGGUCAAUUCGAACCAACAUUGGAUCAAAAUUGGAGCAAACGAUGAAGCCAUCUGUUGGGUAAGAGAUGCUCCGCCCACGACGCAAAACAAAAUGCAUUGAUUUCACAACCCAGCUAUUGGUAUAAGCUAACAGUUCUGAGAUUGCUCAACUACAUUGGGUUGGAGGCACAUCACUGCUUUGAGAAAACCUGCCUUCUUCAAGUCGCCGUUCUUGUUUGAUGACACUUAUUUCAUUCAGCUGCGACUUGGAGCCACCUGCUGACUGUUUCCUACAUGGUGAAGUGGAACAGUUAAGUACAAGAGUCUAGUUAUUCUAGCCUCUACAUUGAUAUGAGACAAUACAUUUAUUAUAUGUGGAAAUGUUCAAUGCGAAAGGCUGGAAACGAAUUCAGGGUGUAACCCGCCUCUCGCCCAAAGUCAGCUGGGGUAGGCUCCAGCGCCCCCGCAACCCUAGUGGGGAGAAGCGGUUCAGAAGAUGGAUGGAUGGAUGGAUGAAAAUACUUUUCCAGAAGAAACCAGUUUGGGCUGGUUAUGUAUGAUGCAGCAACAUCAAAGUGGGAUUAAUAAUUGAUUUGUUGUUAUGAUUUAGACCAUGUGCCCUGUGACUGACUGGUGACUAUUUCAGGAUGUAGUCUACCUUUCGCGCAGAGUCAGUUGAGACCCUAAACAGGAUAAGCGCUAUUGAGAAUGGCUGGAUGGAUGUUUUAGACCACUUUUUGUUUCACUUUUGACCAAACCAACGGCAGGAACACAUUCGACCCAACGGCAGGGUCGCAUUCGACCCAACGGCAGGGUCACAGUCGACCCAACGGCAGGGUUGUGUUCAACCCAUUUUGGGGUAGACAGCCCCAACACAACACGCAGGAUCAAACCCCCCCAAACCCAGACCUGCUGGUCUAAAAUAACCACUCCUUGGGUCGGUCCAACUUUAGCAACGCAUUGGGUGACCCAAAUAACUCAUUUUGGGUUGUUUUUCACCCAGCCGUUUUUAGAGUUUAGGGUGAUUCUGACCUCAAUCUCUGCAACCAGUAGGCCUCUUGUGAUGUUUUGUUUUUAAUUUAUGAUCAGUUUGAAUAGAGCUUGUACAUAAUUGCAACUGUAUUGCGGCAACAACAUUGAGAUGUCUAAACGAAAACCCAAUAGACCAGUGAUUCCCAAUCACUGUGCCGUGGCACAUUAGUGUCCUGUGAGAGAUCAUCAGGUGUGCUUAAUUUUGCGUAACUGGUCCAAAAAUGUUAUUUAUUUACAACAAAUAAUGUAUCUUUGUUCCGCUAGCUCUGCCAGCGAGUGGAAUGUACAGUAGUGACAGGCAGAAUAAUGAAAUGCUCAUCCACUGGAUAGCAGAAGGUACAAUUAUUCGUUCGUCAUGCACAGAAUAAUAGCUUUGUGUUCAAAUGAACAGGCCCAUAUUACACAUUGAGUAAUACAUUUGGGAGUAAAUUGAGACAAGAUAAUCAUUAUUUUGGGACAUGUUGUCUGGUGUCGUGCUGUGAGUACAAAAAGUACAACAAAGAAAAGGAAACAAUGCAAACAGUGUGGUUGACUAAAAUUUCCUGGCUGUUUGGGAGCAACCAGAGCAAUAAUGUGACUACAGUAUCAAUCACGCGUCAGCUGCAAUUUGCAGUGUCUGGAAGUCACUCUGCUCAGAUGGCUUUGACAGUUUCCGUCAUCAAGAUUCCCUCGUAGCUGCAGCUAAGUUUAGCAAGAGGGAAUGGACACAGCACACGCAAUAGCACGAGCGUGCGCCUGACUGCAACAUUUUUGGGGGGAACGUCACACGUGCAUAUAGGCACCCAGAAAUAGUUUCAAUUGGCGCAAUAGCGCCUCCUGCUGGUUCAUUAAAAUUGGAUUCAACUACAGACAGAUACAUUACUGUGCUGCACAUUGCUAUGAAUUUGCCAUCAGACAAUUAGCACGCUCAUGAAGGUUAACAUUUUUUUUCCUUUAUGGACAGUUGGACACAACAAGAUUUGAUAAUAAUAACCUCAUUUCUGCAAGUGAUUUGCCAUUUUGGGGUAAUCCACCUGAGACAGAACAGCAUAAAGGCGCUGGGGGAUAGGUCAAAGGUGAGCACAGGUGACCUGGGGGCGAAUUACAGAAAUCGAAGACUUCACGGAGCAGAGACGUGAUGUGAGGAUGUGAGCGAAACGAGGAGAAAGAUCAUGGAAUUAUAUUUAUAUUCAUCCAUUUAACACCACCCAAAAGUCUUUUUUUUUUCUUUUGGUAUUUUUUGUGAAGUGAGAGGUAGCUUAAAUAUUUUGGGUGCCUCUUAUAUUUAAUAUAGUGAAAAUUAAUCAUUAUAAUAAUGAGGAAUGAAGCAACUCAAAUAACGAUGUUUGGCUUGUAGUUAAGCAAAAAAGUUGCUACUAUAAGUAAAAAAAACCAACAAAUCUACAUAGGCUACACAUUUACAGACACAGGCCGAGCUCCUUAAGUGACUUGUUUUUACGUCAAAUUGGUUGCACACACAUAUCACACUGCAUAAAGGCAGUCACUCAUAACUCUUUUGAAUAAUUGAUUGGCAGUGAAAUUACGUGGCUCUAAGGUUUCCAGCAUGUCAUUGUGCGUGUUUCGGGUCAACGGGUGGCGGGGGGAAAAAGUCAACCGUUCACGCGAGGUGCUCAUCGUGGACCUGUCGCCGCUUCACGCACACACGAUUUGCCGUCCCGGCAGUGUGUUCAUACACUUCAUACAGGUUCAAGAAACCCUACAGCUUCGUUUCCAUCUCACAUGUUCACUGAGCUCUCUGGACCUCGGGCCACUCGGAGGUCGAGGACCACGAGAGGAAGAUGCCUCGGGACAAACCGAUCGCUACUGACCAUGACAGUGAUGACGAUCGUAUUUGCACAAUGCCGGAGGAGCGCGAGCGAAAGAACGUAGACAAAAAGAAGCAGGAUGCUGAAAGAGGGAGAAAGAAGAAAAAGCAUGCAGGAGAGACUGAAGAGGAGUUGGUGGAGAGAUCGGAGAGGAAGGAACGAGAAAAGGGGAGGAGAGGAAAGAGUGAUGAAAAUAAAACCACAAAGGGGAUUGAGGAGGAAGACGAAGAAAAGACAGCAAGGAAGAAGAACCUUCAAAAGAAGAAAAUAAGAGAAAAGAUGGAGGAGGUGAGAGAGAAUAAGGAUGAAAAUGUCCCGGGGAAAAGGAAACAGGAAAGCGCCAAAAAAGAAGAGAGAAAAGAUAUUUGUAAACGUGAGGAGAAGAUGAAAGGGCACAAGAAACCCAUCGGAACAAGUUCAGAGCAGGAGACAAGUGAGGAAGACGACGAUGAGGAAGAGUUGAGGCCGGAGUCUCUGACGGCAGAGGAGCUGCAGGAGCUAAAAGAGCAAGUGGACGACAGGAAGGCUUUGAUCCGCAGUCUCCGGGGAAAACCGUGGGCCAUGAAAAACAAGCUCUCGACUUUGCGGGAGUCUCAGGAGUUCGUCGAGAACUAUGAGGGGGCUUUGGGCGAAGGCAAAGGUCGCAAGUUCUACGCAUACAAGGUCAUGAUGAACAAAGAAUGGAUGAAGUUUCAACGGGACUUUGAAAACUUCAAAACUGCCUGCAUCCCGUGGGAGAUGAAAAUCAAAGAGAUCGAAAGUCACUUUGGUUCUUCUGUUGCCUCUUACUUCAUCUUCCUGAGGUGGAUGUAUGGCAUCAACAUGAUCUUGUUUGGGCUGACCUUUGGCCUGGUCAUGAUGCCAGAGGCGCUAAUGGGGCGGCCCUACGGCAGCAUCUCGAGAAAGACGGUCCCGAGGGCCGAGCAAGGCAGCGCCAUGGACUUUGCCGUCUUGUGGGACUUCGGGGGUUACGCGCAGUACUCUGUCCUCUUCUAUGGUUACUACAAUGACCAGCGCGCCAUUGGCUGGCUCAACUUUCGUAUGCCUCUGUCUUAUUUCCUGGUUGGCGUAGGAACAGUGGCCUACAGCUACACGGUGGUCAUUCGAACGAUGGCCCGUAAUUCAAACGAGACCGGGGUCGGAGAUGACAACAGCUUUCAUUUCAGCGGGAAAAUGUUCACAAGUUGGGACUUCCUGAUAGGGAACUCCGAAACUGCGGAUAAUAAAUUUGCCUCCAUCACCACCAGCUUUAAGGAAGCCAUCCUGGAAGAGCAAGAGAGCCGUAAGGACGACAACGUCCAUCUGACCCGCUUCCUGCGCGUGCUGGCCAACUUCCUGGUCUUGUGCUGCCUCGCCGGAAGUGGAUACCUCAUUUACUUUGUCGUGCGGCGCUCUCAAAAGUUUGCCCUGGAUGGACUGGAAAGCCAUUCCUGGUGGGAAAGGAACGAGGUAAAUAUGGUCAUGUCCUUACUGGGCAUGUUUUGCCCCAUGCUGUUUGACGUGAUUAGCACCCUGGAGAACUACCACCCUCGAGUCGCCCUGCAGUGGCAGCUGGGGCGCAUCUUUGCCCUCUUCUUGGGAAACCUCUACACCUUCAUCAUUGCCCUCAUGGACGAGAUCAACCUCAAACGGGAAGAGGAAAAAAUAGUCAAGUUUAACAUCACACGCUGGGAAACGCAGUCAGAAAAUAGUACUGCGCCAGCCGCUGUUCAUCCCGCUGAUGUUCCCCGUGGGCCCUGCUGGGAGACCAUGGUGGGGCAGGAGUUUGUGCGGCUCAUCAUAUCGGACACCGUGACAACCUACGCCACUCUGCUCGUCGGUGAUUUUCUGAGAGCCGUGCUUGUUCGUUUUCUCAACUACUGCUGGUGCUGGGACUUGGAGGUCGGAUUUCCGUCAUACUCUACGUUUGACGUCAGUGGGAAUGUCCUUGGCUUGAUCUUCAACCAAGGAAUGAUAUGGAUGGGGGCCUUCUACGCGCCCUGCCUGCCGGCCCUCAAUCUCCUCCGACUGCACGUGUCCAUGUACCUUCAGUGCUGGGCCGUCAUGUGCUGUAACGUGCCGCAGGAAAGAGUCUUCAAAGCCUCUCGCUCUAACAACUUCUACAUGGCCAUGCUACUGGUCAUCCUCUUCCUGUCCACGCUACCUGCAAUGUACACCAUUGUCACCAUCCCGCCGUCUUUUGAUUGUGGACCAUUCAGUGGCAAGAGUCGUAUGUUCGAUGUAAUCCACGAGACGCUAGAGUUAGACUUCCCAGCCUGGUUUGGAAAAGUGUUCGGCUACGCCUCAAAUCCUGGACUGGUGCUACCCUUCAUGUUGUUAAUGGUGCUGGCCAUUUAUUACCUGCAAUCCACAUCUAAAAGCCACAAGGAAGCAAAUGUUGAACUGAAGAAAAAACUACAGAUGCAAAAUGAAGACAACAAGCGAAAGAACAAGCAAGCUGCAUUGGAUUUGGAAGAGGCCAGAAAAGCUGCAGAAGAACAGAAGAACCAUCAAGCUUUGCUGCAAGACCAUGAAAGUGGCUGCAAUUCAAUAUUUGAUAGUCUAAUAAGGAUUCCUCCGCUACAGAUGGGAAGGAAAACCCUGGUAGAUGUCAGAAACCACAUCAUGGCAAGAACGGACACAAUUCUCCUGCUGUCAGAGAGCGAGUACAUCCAGCGUCCGGGAGUCGUCGCCAUAGCAACAGUGGGGCUGGUUUCACACAGCACGGUGCUCAGAAGAUGAACAAGGUGCCAGGGCUGCAGAGACAAACAAACAAACAAACAAACAAACCAAAAGCACUGUACUGAAAAAUUGUGUGACACCAAUGUCAGUACUAAAUGUAUUUUUGCUCACAUUUUCACAUUUACGGCGUUCUCCUGAAAUCAGAUUCAAAUAAUAAAAUGUUGUACUUUAA